CGAGUGUAAAACCCCAACAGCAAACACCUUUUUGCGAAAAUCAAACACAGUGGACCACCGCGAUUAGUCACAAAAGGAGAAAAAAAACACGCCUCGUAAUAAUUUGUUUCUUCGUGCCUGUUUACGAUUUUAAGCCGUAAUAAAAAAAACGCCAAUCCAAACAAAUUGCCAAAAAUUAAAUUUAGCCACAAAACAAACACUCCGAAACAAAAGCGUGUAAAUAAGUUGCGUAAAAUUAAAAAUACGUGUAGUAAAUGCAGCAAACAAAAAACAACCAGCGAUAAAUCAAGCCAAAAAUAAGAUCGCAAAAAUACAAAAUAAUAAACAAAGGAGAGCAGGAAAUUGCAACAUCUUGUGAUAAACGCUGACAAUUUGUUGCCCGUUGAAUGAUUGCAAUAAAGGCCAUCGAGAUGCAGCACAACAACGGCGGCGGCGGCGGCAACAGCAACGCACUGCAGCAGCAGCAGCAGCAGCAGCAGCAACAACUGCAGCAGCAACUGCUGCAGCAACAGCAGCAGCAGCAGUUCCAACAGCAGCAGCAGCAGCACAAUUCGCCCGAUAAUAAUUACAUUUGGGGUAACAGCCACAAUGGCAAUAUCAGCAGCAACAACAACAGCCACAACAACCCAAUGUUGCAGUUGCAGCAGCAGCAACAACUGCGUGCCGCCUCCUGGAUAACCGAUUGCAAUAAGCAGCGCCACAUUAACAACAAUAACAGCAUGAAUGUCAAUUACAAUCAGCACUUGCCGCAGCAGCAACAGCAGUACUUGCAAUCCAAUUGCAGCAUCUACACGCAACAGCAGCAACAUCUUGUGCCAGCAACAACAUCCCAAUCCAACAAUCACUUCUACCCCUGCCAACAGCAGCAGCAGCAGCAGCAGCAACAGCAAUUCCUGGCCCCCACAACAACGGCGGCAGCAGCAACAUCCCACCAGCAACACCAGACACAGCAGCAACAUCAGACGCAGCAGCAACAUCAGCGGCAGGAUUAUGCAUCCCUUCAAUUGGGCAGACAAAUGGAUUAG